AAUUUUACGUAAGACUGGCGCUCCGCUUUCCUGGCGGAGAAGAUGGCGGCUCCUGGACCGGGGGAGUAUUUUAGUGUCGGGAGCCAUGUUUCUUGUCUCACUUGCUUGGGCCAGCGUCUGCAGGGAGAAGUGGUGGCCUUCGACUACCAGUCCAAGAUGUUGACUUUGAAAUGUGAUCCCUCCAGCAGAAAGCCAAAUCUCCACGACGUCAUCCUGAUCAAUUUAGCCUAUGUUUCUGAAGUGGAUAUAAUAAAUGAUCGCACUGAAACUCCUCCUCCUCUAGCAUCACUGAAUGUUAGCAAGCUUGCUAAUCGAGCACGGUCAGAGAAGGAGGACAAGCUGUCCCAAGCAUAUGCAAUCAGUGCUGGGGUUUCUGCGGAGGGCCAGCAUCUAUUCCAGACUAUUCACAAAACCAUCAAAGACUGUAAAUGGCAGGAGAAGAAUAUAAUGGUGAUGGACGACGUUGUAAUCUCACCCCCAUACCAGGCUGACAACUGCAAAGGCAAAGAGGGAAGUGCUUUAAGUCAUGUACGCAAAAUAGUUGAGAAACAUUUUAGAGACGUGGAAAGUCAGAAGCAACGUUCACAAGCACAGCAAACACAGAAGGACUCCUCUUUAUCAUCUUGAGUCAGCGCAGGGCAGUGUGGGUCGGGCCAGCCAGGGAAGGCAACACAGCGGCGGGUGGACGGCACGGCGGGAAGUCUGUCCCCACUGCCGGACGAGGUUGGCAUUCCUAGCCCUCGUUGUCAGAGACCAGGACGAUCCAGCGCUGAAGGGCACUGGGUCCAGAAGAACAAAAAAACAUUAACGAAAAAGACACACAAAAAAAGAGUUAAUCUUAAAUUAGACUUUAUAAAGAUAAUUUAAAA